CCCGUAUUUUCAAUGUGGACCCCGCCGAUGGGGGAGGGGCACCGGCAGCGCUGGGCCGCGUUGGUGGCGGCGGCCGAAGGGUACCGGGGGGCCACCGGGGCCGAGGUUUUGGUGCUCACGGCCUGGACCGGGCCGGGCCCCGGGGCCUCUCCCUCGUACGCGCACCACGGGCCCGGCCCGCUCGGGGCGGCGGCGCGGCGCUUCCUGCCCGACAUCGCGGCUGCGCACAGGGCCAUGGGCCCGCAGGCCACGCCCCCUGCUCUGGCGGCGGCCACGCCCCCCGGCGUGGUAAUGGCGGCGACCACGCCCCCCGCUCUGGCGGUGGCCACGCCCCCCGGCGUUGCCGUGGAGACGCCCGCGCGCCCCCGCGGCUCCUGCUCCUCCUCCCCCCCCAGCGGGAGGCUGUUCCUGAUGGACGAGGACCCCGAGGAGGAACCGCAACCGGAUUCAGACCCCGAGAGCCCCGAUGGUGGGGGAGGGGCCACCGGGCAGCCUCACAGAGAGCCGCCGCUGCCGCCCGGGGCUGCGGCUCCGCCACUCCUGCCCGUCUCGGUGCCCUCCUGGGCCCUGCGGCCCCCACCGGGGCCCCGCCCCCCCCACGCCGAGGGAGCCGCUCAUAAGGCAUCCCCGGACCUGGAGCGCAUCGCGGCCUCCAUGCGGGCCCUGGCGCUGCGGGGGGGGGGCGACGGCACCGAGAUGUUUGGGGACCUCCCCCGCCCCCCACUGCUGGCUGGGGACCCCCAGUGACCCCCACCCCCAUCUAUGGGGCACCCCACAUCUAUGGGGCAGCCACUAUCAAUGGGGCACCCCCACUUAUG